UGUGCUGAGCGGAGAGGCAGAAGAGGAAAGCGCCAAACAUGAGUCAGUAAAAUGCAGCCCAAACCUGCUCCGGAUGCUAAAGGCAGCAGAGAGCAGGAGGACGCCUCAGGGUCAGGACAGAGACGACGCAGAGGAGUCUGGGACAGGAGAGCUGGUGACUGAGGCUCUGAAAACUGACAUGCAAAUACAGUUCACUGACCAGAAGCAGGAAUUCAACAAACGUCCGGUCAACGCUGGUCGUCGUUCUCUGUCUCGUUCCAUCUCUCAGUCAUCUACAGAUAGCUACAGUUCAGCGUACAGUGAGAGCUCCGAAGAUGAGUCCUCUCCCAGAGACAAAUCCCAGAAGACCUCCAAGGGCCUUUCUGACUUCUGCAUCAAAAACAUCAAACAGGCUGAGUUUGGACGCAAAGAGAUAGAAAUCGCACAGCAAGAAAUGCCAGCACUGAUGUUCCUGAGGAAAAGCGCAGGAGAGAAACCUCUGGCCGGAGCUAAAGUGGCGGGCUGCACUCACAUCACUGCACAGACAGCGGUGUUGAUUGAGACUCUGUCUGCGUUGGGGGCUCAGUGUCGCUGGGCGGCCUGUAACAUCUUCUCCACUCAGAACGCUGUGGCUGCCGCUCUGGCUGACAGAGGCACCCCCGUGUUUGCAUGGAAAGGAGAAUCAGAGGACGACUUCUGGUGGUGCAUUGACCGAUGUGUCGGUGCUGAGUCCUGGCAGCCCAAUAUGAUACUCGAUGAUGGAGGCGACCUGACCCACUGGAUCUACAAAAAGCACCCGAGCUUGUUCAAGAGGAUGAAAGGCAUCGUGGAGGAGAGUGUUACAGGCAUCUAUCGGUUAUACCAGCUGUCAAAGGCAGGAAAGCUGAGUGUCCCGGCAAUGAAUGUGAACGACUCUGUGACCAAGCAGAAGUUUGACAACCUUUAUUGUUGCAAGGAGUCCAUACUGGACGGGUUGAAAAGAACCACUGACGUCAUGUUUGGAGGAAAGCAGUUGGUGGUGUGCGGAUACGGAGAGGUUGGCAAAGGUUGCUGCGCUGCCCUGAAAGCAUUGGGUGCUGUCGUAUACGUCACAGAAGUGGAUCCCAUCUGCGCCCUUCAGGCCUGCAUGGAUGGCUUCAGAGUGAUUAAGCUGAGUGAAGUGGUCAGACAUGUCGACAUGGUCAUCACCUGCACAGGCAAUAAAAACGUGGUGGGGCGGGAACAUCUGGACAAAAUGAGGAACGGCUGCAUAAUCUGCAACAUGGGACACUCCAGCACUGAGAUAGAUUUGGCAAGUCUGCGGACUUCAGAGAUGAGGUGGGUGCGUGUGAGGCCUCAGGUGGACCACAUUAUCUGGCCUGAUGGCAAGAGAGUCGUCCUGCUGGCUGAGGGUCGUUUGCUGAAUCUGAGCUGCUCCACGGUGCCCUCAUUUGUCCUCUCCAUCACUGCUACAACUCAGGCUCUGGCCCUCAUAGAGCUGUACAGCGCUCCAGAAGGACGAUACAAACAGGACGUCUACCUGCUGCCAAAGAAGAUGGAUGAAUAUGUGGCCAGUCUUCACCUGCCGACGUUUGACGCUCAUCUCACAGAGCUGACUGAUGAACAGGCCAAGUACCUGGGCAUCAGCAAACACGGACCCUUCAAACCCAGCUACUACAGGUAUUAACCAUCUGGACAUCAAGCUGAGAAGCAACAAUAAACCUCACAGUCCUGCAGACAGAACGCUGAUGCCCUCUGCAGUCUUAAUCUAACCCAGACUCAACAAACUGUUUUGACUCUGAUUUAUCUGUUUUAUGC